UCUCUUCUCACCCCACUAUCACCCACACUCACACACAAACAACAUACAAACAAAACAAACAUGCCUUGCCCAUCCUCCCAUCUCAGAACCUCACACCCUGCACCCUCUUCUUCAGCCCUAAGCUCCAUGAAGCUUAAGAGCCUCAUCCACACCCUCAUAGUCUCCCACAUGUGCCGCAUCAUCCGUGCAUUCUCCAAGGUCAAAGCCGUAAUAGUCGAAAUCCUCAAGGGAAAGAAAAACCAAUCCAACAUUAACUUCCUCCACCACCACAAGAAGCAAAAGAUGACCAAGAAGAUCAUCUUUGGCUCCUUCAGGCUCCACUAUAACUGGUGCUCCUCAAAAUCUUCUCAUGUUAUCCCUGUCCCCUCUCGGGUCUUUGAAGGGUUGCCAAAAGCUAGUGACACCCAUCACGAUGAACAAUAUUUAUAUGAGGAUUGCCAUGAUGAUGAUUUACAACUUGCUGGGUACUUGCAGUGGCUUGAAGAGAAGGUUCAUGAUGAUAAAAAGGGUUCUGGAAAUGAGAUGAACGAGAUUGAUAAGUUGGCUGAACUGUUCAUAGCGGAUUGCCACGAGAAGUUCAAGUUGGAAAAGCAAGAUUCUGAUAGAAGGUUCCAUGAAAUGAUGGCUAGGGGCAUGUGAAUUUCGCAAACAGUGUUAACCAUGGUGUACCAAAGAGGUCUAGUUAAAUAAAUGUGUGAGUAUUGCAAAUCCUUUUGAUCGUCUCUCUUUCUUACAUAUAAAAAAACCAUGGUGUUAGAUGUUUCUGUAACAAACAACGUUGGGACAGUCACUUGUUAAUUGGUUAGAGGGGGGAAGGGCUAGCUUUAUUAAUUUUUAUGGUCUAUCUGCCUUUCUGGUAACUUUUCAUAAGAAGGAAAAAUUAAGAGGUGAGGGAUGUGAAGGGAGGUUGAAUAAGAGAUAUGGGGAUUUGCACAAUGCUUCUGUUCAUAGUCAUGGAUAUUUUAAUUUUCCGUUGGCUUGUUAGUUACCAGCAUGGAACUGUAGCUUCAAAUUGUCUCUCCGUUCACUUGAAAUUACUAGUAUUACAUAUUCUAAGAUUAGUAUAGUUUCCACCAA